AUGUCAUAGGCACAACAAUUAGAGUUAGUCGAGGAUGAAGAAAUAGAUAUCAUAUAAGAUGAUUAAUUACAAAUACAAAGUAGGAGUUAAUAAGUAGUGAUUAAAAAUGAAAGAGAGUUUGAUUGGGUAAGGUAUAAAACUGAGGAGUGUUGCGAUAAAGAAUGUGCUUUGUUAGAUAAAAAGAAAGAAUUUGUAUUUCCCUUAUUAUUUAAUUGCAUAAAGUGGCACAACCAAUUUGAUAAAAGACGUAAAAUAGUUGUUAAAGACAAAAAUAAAUUCAAUUACAGCAGGCUUUUUGUCAAGGAAACAGAUAGAGAAGAUACAAGAUUUUGCAUGAAUUUUUUUGAGUAUUUUUAUCAUCCUUAAAAUUUCAGAUCAAAAGAAUGUCCUUCUGUAGCAGCUAAUUAAAAUUUGAAUGGAACAACAGAAAACAGUAAUUAAUUAGCAAAAGAUAAGCCAAGUGUAUGCAUUUAUGGAAUAUUUUGUCCUUACUAUCACAACUAAGCAGAAAAAAAUGACUGGGUAAAUGAUUUAAAAGCCACUAAAUACAUGGCAGCACCCAAAGAAAAAUUCACAUAGAGUUUACUUGAUGACUUUAACAAUAUUUAAUCUAGUAACAAGCAGUUAGAAAAAUUAUACGAGCAAAUCUCUCAGUAAAAGGUAGUACCUAAGAACCAAAACACAAAUAGCAAUAACAAUAACUCUGUGGAUUAAGUAACUCCAAUUUCUAAGAAUGAGCCUUCUCCAAAAGAAAAAUUAAAUAUGUAAUUAGCUAAUAUAGAUAAGAUUUAAGAUAAUAAAAUGACAUAGAACACAGCAAACAUUCUUUUAGAUUUAUACGACGAUGAUAGUAUUGUAGAUAGAAAUGAUAUUUUGAUGUUAGAUCCAAUAAAUGAGCUAGAAGAAAAACACACGAAUUCUAAAGGCAGUGACUCCAAUCUCUAAGGUAGAACUAGUAAAGUAGAUAAAUCAAAUAAAAAGAUAUCUUAUUCCCCAAAAAGCAAGACUAUGGUAAACUUAGAGUAAAAAGAGACAAAGAAAAAAACUUAAAAUCCUCCAAACAAAAAUGAUCAAAAUACUCCAGUAAAUUAAGAAUUUAAAAACUAAGGCGAUUUAUCAAACAAAAACAUCGAUAUCCAAGUUGCAGAAUUAAAGAUAAAGCAAGAAUAAAAUUAAAAUAAAAAGUCUAAAAAAAAUAAUGAAUACUAAUUUUAAGACAUAAGACACAGUUCUAACAGUCUUAAUAAUCCAGACACAAAAUCAAAGAGCGAAUUAGAUAUAACAAAACAAACUUCAAAAUACACUGAUUUGAGCUCCAAUGAUGAGUAUCUUAAAGAUUUUACAGAUGUUAAUACCCAAAAAUACAGUAACAAGGUUUAUUAUUAUAAGUAAGACUUAGGUCAUGAAAGUUCUACAGUCGAAUUUAAAAACUACUAGAAGAUAUCCUCAUGUAAAAUCUAAAAAGACAUGAUCGCUAUAUUAAAAUUGCAAGAAUAUGGUUAAUAUAUUUGCGGUUUCUUAAACCACAAAGGAGGAACAAUGUAUAUAGGUGUGCAUGAUGAAGGUUGGGUAGAUGGUAUAAGCUUGAAUGCUAAGUAAAAGGAUUGGUUUAAUUUGUAUAUAGAUUAUAUAACUUCUUUAAUAGAACCAAGAUUAGUAGUGGGAGAAGUGAGAAUCAACUAUACUGAAGUAAUUGGAAAGCCUGUGUAGCUUAGUAAAGACUGUAAAAAUUAUGUAAUCGAGCUAUAAGUAGUAAAAACUAACUAUUCAGAUAUAUAUUUCUUUGAGAAUAAUGCAUAUAUUAAAAAAUAAUCUUCGAAUGCCAAAAUGUCAAUACAAGAAAUAAAAUAAGACUUAUAAGUUAAAAUAAAAAAGCAACUCAGAGCAGAGUGCAACCAAAUCUAAAAAAUGUUUCUAUAUGAUGAUUUGAGCGAUUUAGAUUCUUAAAAUUUAAAAUAAUUGUAAAAAUUAGAAGAAAAGCUUAAGUAUGUAUUAAACUAGGUUUAGAUAAAAAUAGAAGAAAAGAAAUAAGAAAAUUGA